AUUGCUCAUUGUGCUGACGUUUGCACGGCUUGAAUUUGCAUGACUUAAGUCCUAGAUAUAUUGUUUUGUGGUUCGCUCGAUGCCGUGCCUGUUUUGAGUUGCCGAACAAGAAAACAUGGCUCCAAAAAGCCCAGCUGUUGCAGCAAACGAAGAGGCGGGCAAGGCACAGGAGCAGCCCUCUGCUCCGCCGAAGACACAGGCAAAGAAGCCGCCGACGCUCGCGUCUGCUCUAUCGGGAGCUAUCUCUGGGUCGCUUAUCAGCGCCUGCGUCCAGCCGCUGGAUGUGGUGCGAACAAAGAUGCAGGCUGACGCGGCGCGCGGCGUUGUGCGGAGCACGAUCGCGACAGCGCGGGUGGUGUUGACGGAGCAGGGCAUACGCGGCUUCUGGGCUGGCACGGGGCCCUCCGUCAUCCGCGUGGGGCUGGGGGCGGGGCUCCACUUCGUACUGCUAGAGCAGAUACGCGCCGUGCUGACCACCACCACGGCGGAGGGAGGCAGCCGCCUCAGCAACACGUCAGCCGCGCUGUCGGGAGGCGUGUCGAGGGCGGUCGCCGCCGUCCUGCUGUGUCCCGUCACAGUGGUUAAGACGCGCAUGGAGUAUGUGGCUGACGUGGUGUCCACACCAGCGACUGGCGGCGCAGCGGGGGCGGCGGGAGCGGCGGGGGCGGCGGGAGCGGCGGGGGCGGCGGGGGCGGCGGCAGCCGGGACAGCCGGCGCGUCCGCAGCAGCGCGCGCGGCCAGCGGCACGGCUGCCUCCACAUCGGCGGCGGGUGCGGCGGGGGCCGGCGGCGCGGCCGCUGCCGGCCGGGGUGCGGCGGCUCUGGUGGUGCCUGUGUACCGGGAUACCUUCCAUGCGCUGUCUACCAUCGUGAAGACGGAGGGCAUGCGCGGGCUGUUCCGGGGCGUGUGGCCCACGGUACUCACAAACGCGCCGUACUCAGCCCUAUACUACAUGUUCUACACACGCCUCAAGGAGAACCUGUCAAGUGAGGGCCGCCCGCAGGCGCUGGUCAACUUCACCAGCGGCGUGGUGGCGGCGGUGGCCUCCACGCUGCUCACACAGCCCGCAGACGUGGUCCGCACGCGCAUGCAGCUGGGCCUGGGCGUGGGUGCAGCCGCGACGGCAGCGGCGGCCGGCACGGCGGCGGCGGCGGGAGCGGGAGCGGCGGCGGGAGCGGCGGCCGGGACGGGGGCGUGGGGCACGCUUUUCACGGCGGUGCGGCAGCAGGGACCUUCGGCACUCAUGACAGGCGCUGCUCCGCGCAUCCUGAAGCGCACCACUCAGACGGCGCUGGUGUGGACCAUGUAUGAGGAGCUGGUGCCGCGCAUCACACAGCUGGGCUACGCAGCCAAGGCCGCAUGGGAGGAGCGAGCGGCGGAACAGCGCCGAUAGCAGGAGCGGGAGCGGCGGGAGCAGGAGUGGCGGGGGCGAAAGGGAUCCCGGCCGUGGGUUUGGGGGGUGGCAAUGGCAGGCCGUUUUUUGCAUGUGUGCUUUGUGUGCGGGCAUGUCUGCGGGGCCGGCGACGGCUACUGUGGAGGGAUGGAGGAUGCAGUGUCGCACGUGCAGCAUUCGUGUGCUCUGUUGCCUGCGGGUUUGAUCAAAGUGCGAAGAAACCAGAGCUACCCUUGUAAAAGAGCUACCCUUGUAAAAGGGUUUCCGUGCAUACGGUGUUCGCCAGGCUCGGGUCCUCGGGCAUGUAUGCAUGUAUCGGCCCGAGCGGCCCAAAUCCUCACGCGCUUCUGGUUGUAAUCUCGGCAUAAC